AUGAGUGAUACUAACUUCAACCCAUUGAAGAAUUUUCUAAGCAGAGAUUCGCGGUGGCCUAACUCGGAGCAAUCGGUGGGAAAGAAGUAUCUAACACAAAAACAAAAGACUUGUUGGGAAGCGAUCGGACCUGCUCGAGAAGCUUUCGUGACCUUAGGACUAGAGAUCAAGGACUAUCUGAAUAACAGUAUUGAGCAAAGACCAGGUACUGAGCCUGUAAGCUUUUCUAUCUAUAUGAUCGGGAGGAACGCCACAAGAGCAGUGCCGACUCUUUUAUUCUGCAGCGAAGACUGUCAAUCCCGCAAGGUAGCACAAGACGCUGUGAAUAAGAGCGGAUUGCUGGACAGGUACCCUGGUAUUAAGACAGGAAAUGCACCACAUGCACCGGAAUUAGAAUCUCAUGGUCCUCUGCAGCCGCUCGCUCUGGAUACCAUGCCUCUAAACAAUGCUCAGACCUCUUGUCACUCUGGUAGGGUUGGGAUAAUUCGUGUCGCAAAUAACAAACUAUUCACGUUACACAAUCUCCGCAAACACUCUAAGGCUCACAUAGCCACAGUAGGCGGCAUUGUUCGAUGCGACGAACGAACUUUCCUUUUCACGGCCGGUCACCCCUUUGAGACAGCUGUGUCCUACGUGUGCCCUGAUACUACGCCCAUGGAAGAUGAGGGUUGGGAGCUCGACAGUGAUCAUGGCAGCGAAGUUACCGAUUUCGACGAUUGCAUGGAAAGUAGCGUCGAUGACAAUCCUCGCACCAGCCAAGCACAACUCAUCCAGAAUCCUCAUCGGGAGGCAGUGUCUGGAGCCGCCACCACCAGUUUGAAGGUCUCAAGAGGCCCUCUCGCCUUGAAUUCAGGUGAAGUGACCGCAGAUGAACACCCUAUCACGGCCUUCUCUACUACCCUCGACUAUGCACUCAUCGAAGUCAGCACUCCCGAAGCAAUGGCUUUCGGUGAAGCGGCAGAGGGUACAAUGCCCCCAAAUACGUGGCAGCGGGUAUGCCCUAUCCCGACUGGUGUCCGAGAUUGUAAAAUACUCUCCUUUAUGGCUUCCAGUGGAUCGUCAACAUUCUCGACCGGGACGUUGAGCGCUACGCCGUCAUUCAUCCGAAUGCCAAACUCAAAGAGAUUUCAAAUGACCUAUCGGGUGGAUUUCGAUGCACCCAUCUUUAAGGGUGAUUGUGGGUCCUGGAUUCUUGAUGCCGAAACUCGAGGCUUAUAUGGGCAUCUCAUAGCAGGCUGUGAACGCUCCACAGUUGCGUACAUUGUCCCCUCUGUUGGCGUCUUCGAGGAGGUGCAGAAUCGGUUAGGGAGUAACGUCGAGUUAUAUUGCCACUCUGUGAUGGAGACUAGACCACCGACGCCCAAGAAUAUUCCCCACGCCAUCGAGUUCAAGGGGACUGAAAGUUCGCGCUCAAGCUUUCACAGGCGUACCGGGGCGCCAGAUACUUUUGAAUGCAAUACAUCCUUGGGAGGCCUUUCUCUUGACAACGCGACCGUCAUAGGAUCCCGGAAAGCGGCUAGUUUGGAAUGGCAGUCAAGGUAUAGUUAUGGACAGACUACUCAGAAGGCCAAUCAUGGCUUAUCCGGGCUAGACUACAACAGUAGUCCGCUGGAAGAGGACUUUCUCACCUGUCUCUUGCGUGAUGACAUCGAAAGUGAUAUCUCUCCUGAAGCAGAUGCAAUUGACACUUUCUUACGUGGUGCCAGCCUGCCAGCCCUCCAAGGAGGGAAAGGUGCUGCUGAUAUGACACCCAUUGCACUAUUCGAUCAAAAGAAAUAUGGAGACAUGGAUGGCUGCGACAAUAAUACUCUGGCUCCUCUCACAGCUAAGGGGCUUUACCAGACCUCACAAAGUACGGCCCAUCAGAAACCCAAAGGUGCAAGGCCUGGAAUUGAACCCCCGAACAUGAUCGGUCGACGACUAAUAUGGAUCCCAAAUAUCGACGCAAGCAGUAUCAACACACUUCUAUCUACAGCCUCGAAGAGAUAUAUUCUGGUACUUCAGGCAGCGAUAUAUCAUUAUCUAGUAGGUCAGAGUUUCGUCUCAGUUGCAACGCAAACGAAUCAUGGUUUACCUUUCAGUCUGAGUUUCAGUCUCCCUUACUAUGCUCUUCGGUCGGGGGAUAAAACAAAAGAUCAUCGACAAGAUAAGGGCGGCAAGAGUUUGAGGCAUUCCCAUGAUGUGUCCUUUCUCUACUGGGAUGCCAAUGAUUCCGCUCACUAUUCACUAUACGAGGCGCAAAUUUCAUGCACAAUCACUGGAUUGGAUGAAGAAUGUUGGACGGCUUAUUGCUUUAUUGAUACCUGGUUUGACACGACAGAUAGAAAGGAAAGCGUGGUUCGCUAUCGCAAGGACUUUGUGGAUUCCGGGGAACUAUAUCGUCCCGAUCCACUAACGAGGGGACUCACAACCACAGAUACAGAUGUGAUGGACCCGAGAGAAUACUUCCUAAUGGUACUUCGAGUUCGCCUGGCCCAAGCAACAUCUGAGUGGCAGCGGCUAAUUGAGAACGUGGAUCAAUCGGAACGAAGAUUCCGGAGAGGGCUCCAGUUCUGGGAUAAAAACUUCCCUGAGCGAGCAGAUGAUGCCAAAGUCCAAGAAGAUUCGGGGUAUACCAGGAACCUUCAGAAGUUAGCAAGGGACCUCCUAUUCCCCUUAUCGGAGACUAUACAUGGGGUGGAGAGAUUGCUUGAUAAUGAUGCCAUCAUCUUCCGAAAUCUGCCCACGUUCCAAGAGCCGCCAUCCUGCGUCAAAGUGGCGCUAUUGCGGCAGCUUAGAAGCCUUGUGGUGCUUCGGCAAACCUUAGAAGUUGUAUCGCAUCGGUGUGAAGAACACAACCGAGACCGCCGACACUACCUCAACCACUUGGCUGUCGAGUUAGGGAACAAACAAGCCCAAUUGGCUACUGUGAAUAAAUCCCUAUUGGUAAUGAUGAUGCUCUUUGUAUCUCCUCUAGCCUUGGCUUCUGGGCUUUUCUCCUUGAAAGCGGCCGUUCUUCCCUUUCCAGCCACGUUAAGCUCAUUCCUGACAUGUUGGUUCACCAUAUUCUUGUUCCACGCAGCCUGGCUAUUCAUAGAAAUCGACCAAUCAAACGGCUCUCUGAUCAAGCAUUUCCGAGCCGUUGAGGUCUGGGUGCCUAAACUCCCUCGAAAAAAGACUCCUGAUUUUCGAAAACCACCGCCGGAUUCUGAAGCUCUCUGGGCUAACCGGGUUGACGAUCUUCCCCUAUUGGGCAAGGCAUGCGAAGAAGAAAAAGGGGGAAAUCCUAUCGGCUGA